AUGUAUGCUAAUACCAAAAUUCUUAUUGAGCUAGAAGCCGUGAUAGAACGAUUACAGCCCGCCGGUUUGAUCAACGAUAUUUGCCAAUUUCUCUAUCGUUUCUAUAAAUCGGAUAAUCAUUUGCUCCACACUUUUGUGAUACAGCUUAUCCCUGCGAUGCUUUCUUCAUUUCUUGUCCUUUCGUCUGGUGAAAAUGCCGUUAGCCUUAUGAAGAAACCUAAUUCGGCUUUCAGCUCGAUGGGCUCCCCUUCAAAUGGAGACCGCCAUCCAGACUCGGAUUUCGCAGCUCUAGAAUCCUGCCUUAUUGGCAUGACUAGUCAAUCAGUCUUCCGUCGGCUUAACAAGACCGGACGCAAAGAGAUACGAGGACAACAUAAUGUGAUUCGUAGCGGAUCCUCUGAUGCUUUAUGGAUCCCAGCUCUCAAUGAAACAUCUUCCAUUUUUCAUGUCUCCUCUGCUUAUUAUAAGUCUCUCGCUCUUAACUCUUGUAUAGGAAAUUCCCAUGCUAAUCCAUCCUCUAGCAAUGAUUUUUGUCUCCCUCAUAAUGCAUACUCUGAAUACGCUCAUAUAUACAAUAUUCCUGAGCUUUCUAAACUCACUGGCUUAUCCCAGCAAAACAGACUAACCAUUGCUAUAUGUCUGAUCGACAUCUUUUUGGAAACUUUGUCGCAAUCAAUUUCUGAGAGCGGCAAGGUCGAGCAUACACCACCCUCUCCACAUUCUUUAAUUCGGUUUUGCGAGUUUGUUACUCGUGUAUCGUCUCUACGACAUCGACCUCGCAUUGCAAUGAACGAAGGCCUAUUCAUCCGCCUUGUUCAAGGCCUCGACACCGUGGUAUUUUUUUAUUCUCGUAUAACCUCUCGAGAAACAUACCAUUUGACUCCUCUGCAGUCUUCUAUGGCACCAGCAACUGCUAAGUUGUGGAAAAUGUAUCGAAAGGCGGCACCGGAUAUAUGUCGGGCUUCCUUCUGCAGCCUUCUUUCCCUUGAAGAGCGCGCUUCCUUUGACUUCUUUGCUGGUGGCCUGCUUGUUUGUGAUGCCGUUCGUCGUUGCUGGACCCAACGGCCAAACUUUGUUGGCUCUGAUUUACCCAAAGAGCUUGUAAAGGAACUUAGUGAUAUCAGAGAUUCCCACUUAUCACAGCAUCAACCAGAACCAUUGAGCUUAUUGGGUUCUUUUCUGCUGGAUCUGGAUGAAGAAGGCUUGAACAAACUAAGCCUUGCUGCCUCGACACCAUCUCGUCGUGGCCAAGCUCUCACUCGAGUUGCGAAUGGCGGACCUCUAAUAGAUGCUACUUGUGUUGGGGGGGGAGUUAGCGCAACUAGCACUAGCAGUUUGCUCAAUGCCCAGCAUCAUGGGCACCCUCAGGUCUCGAGUGAGGCUUUGAAUGGCACAGGCGUCUUUUCAGAUGCAGCCUUGUCUGUCUGUCUGGAUGAAGCUGGAAUAGCCAGCCCGGUCGAGCGUAACCUUGUCAGCCAAACUUCCACUGAGAUUGGUUCGACACCGACCUCGAAUGUUCCUGCUGGAAGCACCCAAGCUCGUCGAACAGGCAGUCGGCUGCGCCAGAUGUCCACUGUUGAAGUGAUCACAAAUGCAUCGUUCCGUCCGGAGGUGGUACCAGAGGAUAUUACUCCUGGCCAGGACACUAUUAAUCCUAAUCAGCACAUCCAUCACGGCCAGCAUCACCAGCAUCAGCAACGCCACCGUGCCCUCAACCAUCAUAACGUUUCUGGCCGGCAGCCUCACACUGAAAAUUCUUCCAGUCGUGUCGUGCCCACCAAACAGACAUUGGGGUCUGGACCGCAACCUCUUUCACUCAAUGGUCCAUCUAAGGUGGUGGGUGAGCUUGUCGAUAAUCCAGACAUAGUGGCGCCCCCAACUAGACAUAAUGAAAAACGAUUCCACUUUCACUUAGGCAAGAAAGCAACGCAAGGAGUUAACUCUCAAUUAACAGACCAGGCAGCCGGAAUAUCCUCUUCAGCUACUUCGGGCACUGGCACAUCGUCUUCCCGAACUAAUUCAAGGAUUCGGGAAAAAGUAAGUGUACGAGUUAGGUUGAUUAUUCUAUAA